AUGAGGGCUAUAUCGAUCGAGCGUCUAUCUGAAAUCAUCAAAUCUCCUGGUGACGAAACCUUAAUACUUGAUAUACGACCGUAUGGACAUUUUUCAGAAGCCCACAUACAAAAUGCGCUCAAUCUCUGUAUUCCAACAACACUAUUGAAGCGCCCUUCGUUUGAUACGCGAAAACUCCAGGCUACAUUUUCAGCUGAAGCAGAAAAGGCAAGGUUUAAAAUGUGGAGGAGCUGUUCCUCGAUCGUUGUGUAUGAUACUACCACAAGUGAUAAGCGAGAUGCAGGGCAGCUACUUAAUGUUCUGAAGAAGUUCACUGCUGAAGGGUGGAAGGGUGAAGGCUGCUACCUAAAGGGUGGCUUUGCCGCUUUUGCAAACAGGUUUCCAGAGCUCAUCCAACAGCAUUCACAUCAAGGGAGUACCCACAAAAAGCAACCUUCAAUGGAUAUCCAACUCCCGUCCACUCUUCCUAUUGCCGGAGGUUGUGCGUUGCCGAAAACUUCUACGGUGGUAAAUCCAUUCUUCGGGAACAUUCGCCAGAACAUGGACCUUGUCGGCGGUGUCGGUCAGAUUGCUGUCAAACUUCCGAAAGGCCUAACGGAAUCGAAUAAAAAGUCGCUACCUGCAUGGUUGCGUGCUGCAUCUGAUGCAAAAGAUCAGGGUCUAGGUGUCUCAAAGAAAUUUCUCGCUUUAGAGACGAAAGAAUUAGAUCGCAUGCGACAGGCCCUUUCUGUUGACAAUGUUUGCGUCAACACCCCAUCCAGCGAGCCACAAGGGAAAUAUCGUGUGGCGGGCAUCGAGAAAGGGACAAAGAAUAGAUACAAUGAUAUCUAUCCCUUCGAUCAUUCCCGAGUUCGACUUCAAGAUGUUCCAACGGGCGAUUGUGACUAUGUGAAUGCGAGUCAUAUCCAUACUAAAUAUAGCAACAAGCGGUAUAUAGCGACGCAGGCGCCUGUUCCCGAUACAUUCAACGACUUUUGGCGUGUUGUUUGGGAGCAGGAUGUCAGAGUUAUUGUUUCUCUCACCGCUGAGGUCGAGCGGGGUCAUGUUAAAUGCCAUCCUUAUUGGAAGUCAGGGAACUACGGCCCUUUGAAGCUCAAAUGCUUCGCCGAACGGCAAAUAGAGGUGGAAUCAGCGGAUCAUUCGCCAAUUGGCCUACGUUGUGUCCCAAAUCCCGUGCGAUGUGACCCUUCUCUUGACCCUUUCGCCGCCGGGAACAGCCCUCACGAUCGCUCUCGCGAGGCUAGUGAUGAUCCCGUCAUCAUUGAUCUCUUCCGCCUGUUUCUCAAACGUUGUGCAAGACAGCUAUACGGUGCUCAGUAUCAUUCAAGCUGCAAAUUGUUUGCGUUUCAACCAAACAUCAUCGACGUUCGAGCAUCGUCCUUUGCCAAUUCGGGCGAUCUAAAUCUGGCGCUCGUCACCAAAGAAUCCGGACUUGUUCAUCUUUUCUCCAUGAGAGAUUGUCAGGUUUUCCCCCAAGGAGAAGUGCGCCCGCCAUGGGAUCACCCAGGCUCGGAAAAGGUGUUUCGAACGUCUUUUGACGGAAAGGGUGGGAUUUAUGUGCUCCAAAGCUCGACACUUACUGGGGAUCAUGUCGGUUCAGACGACAAUCACCCUUUUGUGAAACAUGCUUUGCAGACUGGACCUUCUCAAAGCACAUACCUUGUGCACUAUGAUCUCCAGAGUGUAAACCCCUCCGUUCAGAUUUGUACCUUUCCAGACAACACCGAUUACGAGCCCCUGGCUCUUGGUGCAGCAGAUGAUGGGGCAUUUGCGAUUUCAUGGAAAAAAGAUAAUACACAGGAAGUCGUAUUGUAUACGGACCUGAUCGAGUCAGAUGCCGAUGACUCUGGAAUAUCCCAUAUUGAUUAUGAAAGCUGGACCAUCCUGAGCGAGCAUGAGAGAGGCCCAGUUAUGGACAUUAUAUUUAACGAUAGGAAUAGCCAGCUUCUGUAUUUCCACCGAGCCCAAGCACUCUACGGUUCAUUCCAAAAGAUCGAUCCAUUUGACCCGGAUAUAGAGCCAAAACUCUACGAUAACUCGUGCCUAGUUCCAUUUUCAAACUCCACGAGUCUUUACUUUUCAAUUGGAAUACCAUUUUUUGGCACGCAUGAGACGGAUGCUUCGGCACCACCAAACCUAAGUCCUCCUAUGUGUACAUGGAAAUAUCUUGCACUUGGUAUCGCGAAGCAUCGCGAAGCAAAUUGGACUGUGGCUUGCUUGUUGAAAUCAGAAGCUCGCUGCCGGGCUACGAACUGCGAGCAUGUUCUGAAUCUCGACCGUGGUCGACGAUUCUCCAACUGGACAGUAGUCGCCAGGCUGUGGGGUUUCCAAGAGGCAAGCAACUCCCUCGGCUGCAUCGUGGCUACCUCUCAAAAUGGAAGGCGCCUUGCAAUUGCGAACUGGAACAAAAUAUUGGUCUGGGCCUUCGAGCCAAGUGAGCUUAUCGAGCAGAAUUCCAGUGGCUUUUACCCACCCAACUUUCUAUCAGAGACUUCUGGAAUGGUUAAGCUACGUCCGGUUGUUUUGCAAACGGAGGCUGUUUGCUUCAAAAUGCGUUUCAUGGAGAACGAAAACCAUCUAGUGGCUUUGACUGACCAUGGACUGAUGUACUGGGACCUUCAGUCCCUCGGAACAGGAGCAAGGACAACACACGGGUGGGACUAA